AAACUUAGUUUUUAAGCCCCUUCUUUGACUGGUCCUGGGUUUCAUUUCCACUGGUGUUGGGAGCCUACCUGAAUCCAGUUCUCUGGCUCUGCCUCUGUAGUUUUCCCCCUGCCUGAAGGAUUAUUUCCAGUCUCUUGGUCUUUCCAACUUUUGCCCACCAUUCAGUUUUUAUUCAAGGGGCAUCCUUUUAGUAAAAUUUGAAUACUAUUAUCCAAAAUGAUGCAAUCCUUUUCAGUAUCUUCAGUUCACAAAAAUGUCCCCUCAUUAAAAGUCUGAUAUACGUAAUAUCUAUACUGUUCAUUUGAAAACGAGCCUAAGUGGUAAAAUUAGAUUUUUAUCCAUGCCUUUCAAUUUACCUAGCUCACUAUACACAGAGAAAGAAUUCUGGGAUGCGUAUGACCAAUAAAUAUUUGCUGAAUGAACAUAUUGACCCUAUUCAUUCACACCCUAAAUUGAGAAUUCUUUUACAAGGCCCUAUGGUAGACAAAAUUUCAAAACACUUUCUGAUUUCUAGAAUUUACAAGUGAAACAAGGUGGCUACAACAUUUAAGUAAAAAGAGUUUCCUUUGGAAUAUUAGCUAGUAGAAGUCUCCACAAUAAAGCAGACCACCUACCUAUCCCUAGCAAUAGUCAGAAAAUAAACAGAUUGCUAGAAAGUAGUCAACUGAAUCAAGAUAAUCAAGGAGACACAGCCAAAAGAUUUUUUUUUCUUCAGAUACUUUGUAUGAAAUAAAUAAUCUGCAAUAUAACCAGAGAUAAGACAGAAUCUCUAGCCUCUGAAAAGCAUCUCUGUCUGCAAAGCUGAGUUUUGCAAAUUCUGUGGCCUACUUAUUACGGUCUCUGAGAAACAACUACCGUGCACCUAUAAUCUUUAAUCUCUAACAUUGCCUGAACUUUCUUAAUAAGAGAAGCUCUAUUCCUGACACCACCUCUUGUUUUCUAAUUCAGAUCUUCAUUAAUCUCCUAGUCAACUAGCUACCUUUCCUCAGAUCAGGAAAAAUUAUUAUUAUUAUCAUUAUUAUUACCAUGUGAAUUAAACUAUUAAUGGUGAAUGGUGUUUCUCACUUUAACAUAGGCCUGUCCCACUGGUGGGAUUCGUGCCAACUCUGAAGAAAUGUUAGUCAUGUGGUUUUUAGAAGAUGAAAGCUUAAGAUAAAGCCCAAGAAUGUUUGAUGCUGGAGGUGGGACUCGUAUUAUAUAGGUCUCAGCCAAAACAUGUGAUAGUCACUGUAGGGGUAGCUGGAAAGAGAAGUGCGUGGCUCAAUUAACUGGCUCAAGCCGAUCUGUGAGGUCUAGGGGAAGAAUGCUCCUGGCUGCUUUGUGCUUCCUGCUCUGGAGUUUUCGGACCUCCACCGGCCAUUUCCCUCGAGCCUGUGCCUCCUCCAAGAGCCUGAUGGAGAAGGAAUGCUGCCCACCGUGGAGGGGUGACGGGAGUCCCUGUGGCCAGCUUUCAGGUAGGGGUGCCUGUCAGAAUAUCGUUCUGUCUAAUGCCCCCCGUGGGCCUCAGUUCCCCUUCACAGGGGUGGAUGACCGGGAGUCUUGGCCUUCAGUCUUUUAUAAUAGGACCUGCCACUGCUUUGGCAACUUCAUGGGAUUCAACUGUGGAAAUUGUAAGUUUGGCUUUUGGGGACCAAACUGCACAGAGAAACGACUUUUGGUAAGAAGAAACAUCUUUGAUCUGAGUGUCCCAGAGAAGAACAAAUUUCUUGCCUACCUUACUUUAGCGAAGCAUACCACCAGCCCAGACUAUGUCAUCCCCACAGGCACCUAUGGCCAAAUGAACAAUGGAUCAACCCCCAUGUUUAAUGACAUCAACAUUUAUGACCUCUUUGUCUGGAUGCAUUAUUACGUGUCAAGGGACACACUGCUCGGAGGGUCUCAAGUCUGGAAAGACAUUGAUUUUGCUCAUGAAGCCCCAGGUUUCCUGCCUUGGCACAGACUCUUCUUGUUGCUGUGGGAACAAGAAAUCCAGAAGCUCACUGGGGAUGAGAACUUCACCAUUCCAUAUUGGGAUUGGCGAGAUGCUAAAGGUUGUGACAUUUGCACCAAUGAGUACAUGGGAGGGCACAACCCAGCAAACCCUAACUUACUCAGCCCAGCAUCCUUCUUCUCCUCUUGGCAGAUCAUCUGCACCCGCCUGGAGGAGUACAACAGCCGGCAGGCUUUAUGCGACGGAUCUCCCGAGGGACCGUUACUGCGCAAUCCUGGAAACCACGACAAAGCCAGGACCCCAAGGCUCCCCUCCUCCGCUGAUGUGGAAUUCUGCCUAAGUCUGACCCAGUAUGAAUCCGAUUCCAUGGAUAAAGCUGCCAAUUUCAGCUUUAGAAAUACACUGGAAGGAUUUGCUAGUCCACUCACUGGGAUAGCAGAUGCCUCUCAAAGCAGUAUGCACAAUGCCCUGCACAUCUAUAUGAACGGAACAAUGUCUCAGGUACAGGGGUCUGCCAACGAUCCUAUUUUUCUUCUUCACCAUACCUUUGUUGACAGUAUUUUUGAACAGUGGCUCCGAAGGCACCAUCCUCUUCAAGAAGUUUAUCCAGAAGCCAAUGCACCCAUUGGGCACAACCGGGAAUCCUACAUGGUUCCUUUUAUACCUCUGUACAGGAAUGGUGAUUUUUUUAUUUCAUCCAGAGAUCUGGGCUAUGAUUAUAGCAACCUACAAGAAUCAGAACGGGACAUUUUUCAGGAUUACAUAAGGCCCUACUUAGAACAAGCAAGUCAAAUCUGGCCAUGGCUCACUGGGGCUGCUGUGGUGGGCUCGGUCCUCACUGUUGUGCUGGGAGGGAUCACUCGUCUAUUGUGUCGUCGUCGCAAGAGAAAGCAGCUCCAUGAAGAAAAGCAGCCACUCCUCAUGGAAAAGGAGGAUUACCACAGUUUGUUGUAUCAGACCAAUUUAUGAAAUGCUUAGGUAAUAGAGUAAGGCCAACAAGGCCCUCACUUUAAAUCAAAUGAUGUUCGAGUUCCCAGGAGUUGUCCCCAGAGCAAUCCCUGGCAUUUGUUUAUGAAGACUAUUAUCAGGAUUGAUACAAACUGUACCCACUCCUCCUCCAAUUCAGGUAGAAUACACCUCUGCUUGCCUCACUGUCAUUUAAUCAUCCCUUUAAUAGUUUUCCUCAAACCCAUAUUUCUAAGAAAAGGACGCCAUUUAGUAAUGAGUAACUGCUACCUGUAUCUGAAUAAAAGUGCUCUUAUAAAAAUGUGGGAAUAAUUUUGAACUUUCUUCCUGAUUGUUUAAUGAAAUGUUUCCUUUUA